AUGGAUCAAAUCACCAAAAACACCGAGUCACUCAGCUUAGGCGAGUCAAACAAUAAGUCAACCACAGCACCGGCCCCAACACCAGGGCCAGCCCCAGAUAUUCUCUCCAUGGUACCGGACCUCCCCCCCGGCCGUACCCUCAAUGCGGGCCUGACUCUCGACGAAACGGUGGCCGACCUCAAGAAACACCCAAUGUUCAUGACCGAGCUGGAUGGGUCCGAGGAUAAUGACGAACUGGCGGCGCUGCAGGCUCUUGCCUACGACGGCACCCCCCUGGAGAACGCGGCCAAUUUCAAGGAGCAAGGGAACGAGUGUUUCCGAGGAAAGCAUUGGGCGGAUGCAAAGGAGUUCUAUGGCAAGGGUGUCGCGGUUCUCGCCGCAGAAGAGCUACGGAGGUCGAAAGGCGGGAAGAAAAUGGUGCCUAAGGCCGUCGAUGAGGUCAAGUUCAAUCCAGAAGCGGAUAAGGAUACGAAACCGGACUUGGAGGAGGACAAACCGGAACAACCAGCACAGGAAGAUGACCUAGAGGAAGUUCCCGAAAAUCCCGAGGAGAUCAAAUCGGAACGGGCUCUGUUGGAAACGCUCUACAUCAACCGCGCAGCCUGCCAUCUCGAACUGAGCAACUACCGCUCCUGUACGCUCGACUGCGCGGCCGCCCUCCGCCUCAACCCGCGCAACAUCAAGGCUUUCUACCGUUCCGCACGUGCCCUUCUAGCCGUGAACAAGAUUACCGAGGCGGACGACGCAUGCGCACGGGGCCUCGAAAUCGACUCCUCCAACAAGCCACUGCUUGCCCUCGCGCAGGACAUCAUCAAGACGGCCGGCACCGACGCCACCAAGCGGAAACGCGAAGAAGACCGGCUCUCCGCCGAGCGCCAAAAGAAGAAGCUCCUCCAGGUGGCGCUGAAGGCGCGGGGGAUCAAGAUGCGCUCCACAGGCCGCCCACCAGAUAUGGAGGACGCCAGGGUUAUGCUGUCCCCGGAUGAACUGGAUCCAACCAGCGCACUGGUGUUUCCAACGAUAUUACUAUAUCCCUGCCAUUUUGAGAGCGACUUCAUCAAGGCGUUUAGCGAGCGGGAGAGCCUGCAGCAGCAUUUUGGUUACGUUUUCCCGCUGCCAUGGGACCGAACGGGCGAAUACAGCCCUGCGGGGGUCGACUGCUUUGUUGAGACUGGGAAUGGGCUAUUGAGGAUUGGGAACAAGGUGCCGCUGUUGAACUUGCUGAAGGACGGGGCGGUGGAAGUUGUGGAUAAUUUGUUGAAGGUGUUUGUUGUGCCAAAAGCGAGGUCAAGUGGGUGGAUAAAAGAGUACAAAGAGGACAAGGUGAAAAAGGGUGGGCAAUAA